AUGGCAAAGACCAACACGGAACGCUUGGAGACAAUCCACGAGUACACUAUACCACCUUGGAGUGAUCGCAUACCCGUAGUGGGCGAGCAUUAUGACUAUGUGGAAACAAACAAGGCCCAAACGACGUGGAAGGUAUCAUCAUCGCCACUGCCUCCUCGCAAAAAGGUGACACAGUGGGAAUGGGAAAAGUGUAUUAUAGCAGGCGCCAAGGGCGAAAUUGGACUACUAGCGGCCGAUUCAGACUCGACGAUGCCUCUGGGAGGGCCGCCAUUCACUGGGCAGUUGAUUCGGAGCACAGCUGUGGUCGAUCUGCUUCUUACAUCCGACAAGGUUCAGCCGAAUGUGGCAAACGGCGAUGGAGACACUGCUUUCUCUUUUGCCGUUCAGUGCUGUGUUGAGGUCAGCGAGGUUGUAAGGUUGCUUAUGAAGUCAGAUAAGAUUGACAUCGAUAGGCAGGGGUCACUCGGCAAGACAACGUUGUCAUACGCUGCAGAAACCGGCAAUGCAGAACUUGUUCAAUUAUUGCUGAAUUCAAAAAGAGUCAACCCGAACCACUGUGAUUAUGGGGGUUUGACACCGCUCUUGCUUGCGAUCAAGGCGGUAAAUCUAGCGACUUUCAAAGUCCUCUGGGAUUCUGAUCAAGUCGACCGUCAUCACAAAGAUCCUGACGGCCAAACUGCACUCCAUAUUGCAGUGAAUGCGUUCAGUGAGCGACAAGGUUACAACGAAAUACUCGGUCUGCUUAUGGACUUUAGCGAUAUCAAUGUCAACGCUAAAGAUGGCGGAGGAAGCACGGCACUUACACAGGCUAUGUGA